AUGACCGAUAACUCAGAUGGGAUUACAGUCAAAUUCUUCAUCUGGACUAGAAAAACCAAUAGGUUGUAUAAAGGAGUGGCGACUGUUCAAGUCGAUGAAGAUAAGUUCAUUCUUCUGCCAACAAAUGGAAAAGGAGAGUGCUUCUUCCCGAAUGAGUUCGGAACUGGCAUACCCGAUAAGUUCGUAAACAAGAUCGAACUGGAAUUCAUAGAGCUUCAUAGUUACAAGUCAUUAGUACUAGAAGCAACUCACUCCAAUAGCAAUUUUGGAGGUGAUAGUCACUUUAGAAUGUUUAUAGAUGCAUUGAGAUGUCUCUUUGCGAAUGAGUCUCCAUUCCUUGAUGAAGCGAGUGUUCAUUCCUCUUUUAGUCUUACCACUCCUUCCAGUAUUAGAAGUACCUCAAAUGUUAACACGCCUGCAAGCGCUAUGACUGUCUCAAGUCGUACAACGCCUUCAUUGAUAUCUGGCUUUCCUUCCCGGUCACGUGGUACUACUCCCACAAGCGCUAUGAUUCGCUCAGGUACUGCGACUCCCUCAAGCUUGAUGACUCGGUCUGGUGCAACCACACCGUCAAGCUUAAUCGCUCGUUCCGGUGCUACGACUCCCUCAAGUUUAGUGGCUCUCUCCGGUGUCACAACUCCGUCGAAUUUUACGGCACGGUCAGGUGCAACAACUCCCUCUGCUAAAUCUGGAGGAAGUGGAGAACGACCUAGUGUCACAACAGGCUUCUUUUAUGGGACACCGUCAACAUCGCGAAGUUCUUCAAGAGCAUCUGGAAAUACACUGAGAGCUGUGCCCAAGUAUACAGACAACACUUCAAAAUCUCUUACUCAAAUCGCUAAUGACUAUAAGCCAGUGUUAUCUACACUGAAGGUUCAACCUAGGAUUCGAGAGGAAACGAAAGAAGAGAAUCUGAUCACUCGUUACGCAGUUGGUACACCACUGACUUCUCAUGACGCCAAGUCACGUAAAACGGCUUUCACUCAAAAAACUGCAAGCACAUCUUGCAUGAAGGAUGAAGAAUUGCAGAUUGAGGUUGUUAAUCUGGAAGAAGAGGAAAUCCUUUCCAGUCCUGUUGCGAAUCCAGCACCCAAGACUCACAAAUCAUUAAAGAACAUAGGAAAUUCAUGUUAUAGCAAUGCCGUACUACAGGUUUUAGGUUGUCUUGAUAGAUUCAGAAAAGAGCUUUUGGAAUGCGAAGCUGAUAUGUCCAUAAAUUCGAUGAAGCCAAGCGAUGCUGAGUUUGUAAAAUGCCUAACCCAUAUAUUGAGACGUCUAGCUUGCUCGAACAAAAGACAAGGCGUCCGCGAAGAGAUUCUGUACGAGUUUCGAGAGCUAUGUGGUAAGCAUUUGGGUGGACAAUUCGGAAGCUGUGAACAGCAGGAUGCAUCUGAGUUUUUCAAUAAUUUGUUGGAUUAUCUGCAAAGCACGGAAGCGUUAUCAAAGAAUCCUGCUAACCUCUUUAGGAUAGAGAACGAUCAACUGAUAUUCUGUAAAUGCGGUGCUUCGCGUAACAAAACUGAAGUAGAGAAUAUGCUAACCGUUUCAACUGGGAGAAGCCGUAAACCCUCUAUACGGAAAAUCAUCGGACAGUUUUUCGUGGAAGAGAAAGUUAAAAUAGAUUGUGAUAGUUGUAAGAUGAAAUCUCGUCUUGCAGGAAGGUUUGUCUCCAUUAAGCACUUACCCAAAUACUUAGCAGUUUCUGUGAGGCGUUAUGAUUUCAAAAAUGACAGUGUAGAGAAAGUGAACAGCAGCAUUCAUAUUAACAAGAACUUGUAUCUCAAACACUUGUGCUAUGAUUCAAAGGCCAAUGAAGCUCAAGACUUCUGUCGAAACAUUCGAGACGCGUCAGAGUCGCCUAGGAAGCUUCAAGUAAUUGAAAACGCUCAGAUAACUCCACGUCCAGCUCUGAGAAAUAUCCUACAGAAAGGCGGUGCUCCUAUGGGCGCGUAUGUGGAUGAAAGAGAACUUACCCGUUGCAGAAAGAGAAGGAUGGAAGAAACGGCUAGAGUUCCGACUCCGAUUUCGAGUCCAGCCAAGGCGACUCCAGUUAACACAAGGAUGAGUGCGAAUGAGUCUUUCUCCUCUGAGCCAAAGAUUCUUGAAAUAUCAAAGACGCCGAAAAAAGUAAUUGCUUUCCAACCUUUGAGAACAAGUGUCAUACAAGAGUUGCAAUGCAUUGUUCGAAAGAAAACGACACCUUUGUAUCUUGAAAAUGAUGUAGAAACAUGGAGGAAAGUCAAUGUGCAUCGUAAAUGUUCUACUGACUUAGAAGUUGAACCCCACAUAAAGUCAGUUGAUGGCGAUGGAAACUGCCUGUUCAGAUCUUUGAGUUGGUGGAUCUUCUGCGGAAAUGAGAAAGGACAUGGGCGUUUGAGGAAUCGAUUAUGCGAUUUCCUUGCACAACACUCUGAACACUUCUCUUGUUUUCUGAACUCGGUUGAUACGAUGGAGAAGCACAUAGAAGAAAUGAGGCAAGACGGUCAUUGGGGAACCUACGUGGAAAUAAGUGCUGCAGCUACUCUUUUCAACAUUGUCAUUUUCACUUAUUUCCAAUCAUGGAAAAUCUUCCGGCCGAUGUUCAGGAUGAAGAAUGGAGCGUUUGGUGGAAGGCUGAAGCUGAACGGCGAUCAGAUUGAUGAGCUAAUAGCUGAAAGAGGUUCGAUAUAUAUUCACAACGAGUCGAACUAUCAUUUCUCUCCUGCUUAUGCACCCAAAGUUAUGAUUGAGCAGGGAAACGCUGUCAAUAUAGAGGAGUUCAUAGUCUCUCCCGAAAAGGCUAUAAUUAGGAAAAAAAUAAUUCAGUCACCAGUUCGUGUUGUGGCUAAUACCGAUACUGACAUAUCAAGUGAAGAUGAAGAUGAGGAUGAAAGAGAGUACAGGAAAGAAAACGAUCCUAUGUAUUCCUUGGUUGGAGUUGUUUCUCAUCAUGGUCCGAAUGUUCAUUCAGGUCAUUAUACCAGUUAUUGUUUUGACAGUCUAUCAGGAGUUUGGUUGGACUGCAAUGAUGAACAUAUCCGCGAGAUUGAUGAAGCAACUGUGCUUGAGCAAUCAUCUAAAUCAGGGUACCUAUUCUUCUAUGAACGCCGUCGUGUGGGCGAUCAGAAAUCAUUUGAACAGAAACCAAUCGAUUGA